AUCUGUCCCUUCCGUCUCACUCACUCACUCACCCAAACAAAACCAAAAACCAAAAAAAAGCCACGUGUCACCAUCACUUGUUAUCUCUAUUAUCUCAUCCUCCUCCUCCUGAAGCAACCUCCCUGCAUUUCCAUUCCACCACCAUUUUUCUCUUAUAAAUAUUAAUCUCUCCUCAUUAUUCCUUUAAAUUUUUUUAAUCACCUAACUAAAAAUAUUAAAAAUAUCCCCCUUCUCUCUCAUAAUUUGCCACCUGUUUAAUUCCGUUACUAAAACAUUAAAUUUUACUAAUACUAAUAAAACCACACCAUGACUCGUCUCUUCCGAUCUAAAUCUUGCGGACUCGUCCGACUCGGUCUCUCGGAAUUCAACCCGGUCUUACCUCCCGCUCCAUUUUCCCGCCAAAAUGACGAAGACGACGACGACAGUACAGAUGAAGACGAGGACGAAGAGGAACAAUACUCUGAUGAUAACAGCAGUAACAAUGGAGGUUUGAGAAACCCGAUAUCGACGCCGUUUAUUAGUCCUUGUUCGAGAGGAGGACGGGACGGUAAUGAUAACGGUAGCAGUCAUCAGUUUGCGAUUGUGAAUAUUUUGGUAACGGCGUUGAGGAAGUCGAUAGUGACGUGUAGUGUGGAGAUGGAAGAUGUAUCGUCUUCCAUGGAUAUUAGUUGGCCUACUGAGGUUAAGCAUGUUUCUCAUGUUACUUUUGACCGGUUUAAUGGCUUCCUUGGUUUGCCUACUGAAUUUGAACCGGACCUUCCUAAAAAAGUCCCUAGCGCCAGUGCAAAUGUAUUCGGAGUUUCUGCGCAGUCAAUGCAGUGUACUUAUGAUGACCGAGGAAACAGUGUGCCUACUAUACUUCUUAUGAUGCAAAAGCGACUUUAUGUUGAAGGAGGCCUUAGGGCAGAAGGAAUAUUCAGAAUAAAUGCUGAGAAUAGCCAAGAAGAGUAUGUGAGAGACCAGCUAAACCAAGGUGUAGUGCCACGAGGAAUAGAUGUUCAUUGUUUGGCAGGUUUAAUAAAGGCAUGGUUUAGAGAACUGCCUUCUGGGGUACUUGAUUCUCUUACACCAGAACAAGUGAUGCACUGCAACACAGAAGAUGACUGCACUCAACUUGUGAAGUUACUUCCUCUUACAGAAGCUGCACUUCUUGAUUGGGCUAUCAAUUUGAUGGCGGAUGUUGUGGACCAUGAACAAUAUAACAAGAUGAAUGCCCGCAAUGUUGCUAUGGUCUUUGCACCCAACAUGACCCAGAUGGCUGAUCCUUUGACGGCAUUAAUUCAUGCCGUGCAAGUAAUGAACUUGCUCAAGACUCUGAUCUUGAAGAACCUUAGGGAAAGACAGGAUUCAAGUGCCAAGUCUACGCUGCUCUCUACAUGUUCAGAUUCUCCAAAAGACACUAUUGAGCUCAGUCAAUCAAAUGUAAACUACACAUCUUGCGUAAAAUCCCUGGCUGGUUGUGCACCAGUCGUACACACUAGCGGCGAGUUCUUAAGGUCUGCCACAAUGAAUAGGCUUGAAGCCACCACCAUGCAUAAAUACUCAAACGUUCAGAAGAAAAAUGAUGGCGAAGAGGAACUCAAGCCAUUUUCAGGUCACAGUCCUCCUUGCGAAAUACGAAGUUUAGAAAAUGGAUGCAAAGGCGAGUAUGAUAGCGGGGAUUGGCUAAGUUUGCGAAAAGGAGUGAGGAGGCUAUGCAGACACCCAGUAUUUCAAUUGAGUAAAGCAGGUAAUAAGAAGAAUCAUCAAGGUCUUGGUAUUGUAAAUAAUAGAGGAGGUGGUGAAGCUUGCGUAUGAAUGAUCCUACUUGUUGGUUCCUUCUUUUUAUGUUUUUGAUUUGAUGAAUGUUUUGUGUAAACGUAGUAAUAGAUAUCGAUGUUUGCUUAGUUUUGUUGUCAAUAGAAAAAUACUGGGAAAUCUAGUUCGUUUGAAAGCCUUAACUGAAGCAUUUUGCUGAAUAGGCAAAACAUUCCCAAUUCAUAUGAUUUUAUGAAGGGUUUUAUUA